AUGUCGUACUCCAAGAUAAACAAGAAAGGAUGUGGAAUGUCGAGAUUAUUCAGGCAGACUCCACCGGCUGACCAAGACGAAGAUGAACGUUUAUUAGCGGAUGAUCUUGAGAUGCUGCCAACAUGGGAGGAAUUAAACAUCCAAAGAUUGCAAACAAAUAGACCAACCUUGGUACCCGCGCGAAGAAAUGCCGCUUCCGCUAUUGCACAACGACCGCAAUCCGCUGAGGUUCGGCAAGCGUCAGAUGUGGGAAGAUGGACAAACGUAUCAUCAUCAUCUGCCGCUGCGGAAGAAGAAUACUUCUUGGAAGAAUUAGAUGAAAUAGAUCUUUUGCCGACGUAUGAGGAAGCGUGCUUUUCGAAGAAAGGAGAGAAGAAAGUAAACGUGACAGAGGUUCAGUCACAACGGUUGGGAGAGCAUGAAGAGGGACCAGCCAAGUCCACAACCAGUUUCCCUAUGGCCAGCCGUCGUAGUAACAACGGCAUGGGGAACGUCGGCUCCUUGGACGGCCAAAUAGAUAGAUACCGAUCCACGGAACCACCCCGCUCCGGAUCCACGGAGAGACCGGCGCCGACUUCUGCCUCUCGACCAAACGGCGCCGGCGGCCGCGGUACUCCUGAGAGCUUGAGCGGGAACAGGGGACCUCUCACUGAUCCUUACAUGGAUGAGUUGAGUUUGGAAGCGUAUCUGGACCCGGGUCGCCACCCAAAAGACCUCCAGAAUUUAGAGGCUCAUUUUCGCUGGCUAAAGAGGGAACUCGAAAAUUUUCUGGAGAAGAAAUAAUCGAAAAGUUACCCGGAAGUUGUAUUGGACAAUAGGAAGCAGAUCUUUGAACAUUGGGAAUGUAUGGCUCAUUGGAAUUGAAACAAUAUGCGAUAAAAGAAAAUCUGUACGAAAAUGAUAUUGAUUUUGGCUUCAUGCGUUGUUCAGUGCUGUCGAGUGAGUGCUAUUGUGCCGCGCAAUACACGCUUUAGCAAAAGGGAUAUGCCUGCUCUUUCGAAAUUGAUUGGAUGUGGUUCUCUGAUACAUGAUCGCGUCAAUCAG